UCAUGAAUGGGAUCCUCGGAGUUCGGGCCAGACGAGGCGAGAGGCGAAAAGGAGGGGAGAUUUCUCGCCUGCCGCUCGCGCUGGGGCUCGAUGUGAAUAUAUAUUAUGUCUGCCUGUUCUCCCCUCGUCGGUGGCUAAGGUCAGCCGCUACCAACGGACCCCGGGAGGAGGGGGGCAGAAAGGGGAGGGGGGGUCCGGCGCCUCACGUGACCCCCAGGGGUGCCAAUGUCCGGUCGUGAGGGUAUCAGGCCCUUGCAAGUUGCCACCCACUGCCCGGGCCUCGCCCAGCGAUGCAGAAAGCCACCUACUACGACCACGCCGCGGCUGCACUCUUCGGAGGCUACUCCUCGUACCCUGGCAGCAAUGGCUUCGGCUACGACGGCCCUCCCCAACCCCCCUUCCAGGCCGCCACGCACCUGGAGGGCGACUACCAGCGCUCAGCGUGCUCGCUGCAGUCCCUGGGCAACGCCGCCCCGCAUGCCAAGAGCAAGGAGCUAAACGGCAGCUGCAUGAGGCCCAGCCUGGCCCCCGAGCCCCUGCCCGCCCCGCCUGGCUCACCCCCGCCCAGCACCGCACCUACCAGUACCACUAGCAACAGCAAUAAUGGGGGCGGGCCCAGCAAAAGUGGCCCCCCCAAGUGCGGCCCCGGCUCCAACUCCACCCUCACCAAACAGAUAUUCCCCUGGAUGAAAGAGUCGAGGCAAACGUCCAAGCUGAAAAACAGCUCCCCCGGCACAGCGGAGGGCUGCAGCGGCGGCGGCGGCGGCGGAGGCAGUGGCGGCGGCGGCGGCGGCGGCGGCGGCGGGGGAGGAGACAAGAGCCCCCCGGGGUCAGCAGCGUCCAAGCGGGCGCGGACAGCGUACACUAGCGCGCAGCUGGUGGAGCUGGAGAAGGAGUUCCACUUCAACCGCUACCUGUGCCGGCCGCGCCGCGUGGAGAUGGCCAACCUGCUGAACCUCAGCGAGCGGCAGAUCAAGAUCUGGUUCCAGAAUCGGCGCAUGAAGUACAAGAAGGACCAGAAGGCCAAGGGCCUUGCCUCGUCGUCAGGGGGCCCCUCCCCCGCCGGCAGCCCCCCGCAGCCCAUGCAGUCCACAGCCGGCUUCAUGAACGCCUUACACUCCAUGACCCCCAGCUACGAGAGCCCGUCCCCCCCGGCCUUCGGCAAAGCCCACCAGAAUGCCUACGCGCUGCCCUCCAACUACCAGCCUCCUCUCAAAGGCUGCGGCGCUCCGCAGAAGUACCCUCCCACCGCAGCGCCCGAUUACGAGCCCCACGUCCUCCAAGCCAACGGGGGCGCCUACGGGACGCCCACCAUGCAGGGCAGCCCCGUGUACGUGGGCGGGGGCGGCUACACGGAUCCGCUGCCGCCCCCUGCCGGCCCCUCCCUCUAUGGUCUCAACCACCUUUCCCACCACCCCUCGGGGAACCUGGACUACAACGGACCGCCCCCUAUGGCCCCCAGCCAGCACCACGGACCCUGCGACCCCCACCCCACCUACACAGACCUCUCCUCUCACCACGCGCCUCCUCAGGGUAGAAUCCAAGAAGCGCCCAAAUUAACACACCUGUGAUGGCAGAGAGAAGGCAAAAGGACGAGGUCAUGGGGUAGGGAGACAUCCAGGAGGGGCGAGGGCUGUGG